ACCUUGUAACAAAACCCAGAAGACUAUUGUAGGGGGAGCAUGACAGUCUUUUUACUUUUUUUUUUUUUUUAAUGCUAAUUCUCCUUUUCCAGUGGGAGUGAAUGAUGUCAUCCUGUCUCCUCCCACUGUGUAAACUAAGCUUGUGUCAAAGUGUUGCUGCCUCUUGUCACAGGGAGAACAGUUCACUUAAAUGCAGCUGCAGUACUUUUGUGUGAUACCUGUCAGAAUCAUUCCCAGUGCGAGGUUGGGUUUGUGACCAUGAUGCCGAGAUUGGUCUUUCUCCUUUUCUGUGGAUAUAUUGCAUUAAACCUGGGAAAGGCUCAGAAAUUGCCAAGAGUGAAAAGGCAGAGUCUGAAAGUUCAGAUCAAUGCAACAGAUGACACCGUUUGCAUGAGGUAUCUUCGACCAAGUCAAAACACCAAACUAGAAGGUUUUGUCCUGGGUUAUGGAAGCAACUUCUUCUCUAAUCAGUACAUUCCUUUACCUUCAGAAGGAAAAACCUACAUAACAGAACUUGAUGCAGAGCCACGGUAUUUGGUUUCAGUACGACCAGCACGCGUUUCAAGUAACAAGAAAUCUUGUUCAGGUCGGACCAAGAAUCAAAAGCCUCUGCAGCUGGUAGUUGGCACUCUCACCCCAACCUCUGUGUUCCUCUCAUGGGGCAUCCUAGUCAACCCUCAGCAUGACUGGACAGCAACAAGUAACUGUGCUAGUGACAGGUUCUAUACAGUUCGCUACAGAGAAAAGGAUAAAGACAAGAAAUGGGUUUUUCAGCUUUGCCCAGUUACAGAGACGGUGGUGGACAAUCUGAAGCCAAACACACUUUAUGAAUUUGGAGUUAAAGGCAAUGCAGAGGAUAGUAUUUGGAGCAAGACUUUCAAUCAUAAGACAGUUCUGUCUAAUAAAAAAGUGAACGGACAACUUCAGAAUAUGUACAAGUUGGUACCUAAUGCCCAAACACAGCUUACACUGCGUGAUAAUAAGAAGUUGGUCCCUGUCACAAUAAUCAAACAAGUUAUUCAAAAUCGGACACAGUCAAAAACUUCAGAUAGUUCUUCUCUGCCAGGAGCAAUAUUAGUACACCUUAUUGUUCCAGGACUCAAUGAAACUCAGCAGAAACUUCCUCCUCUCCUGACGAUAGAGGACAUACCUCAAGCAUCCAGGAAAAAACUGGCUAAGAAUGAAACUCGAGUAUGGCCUGCUGAAUCCAAAACACCAGAAGUUCAAGAAAUCUCUCCACAGUCCCUCCCAGCUCAGGCUGAGAAAAAACAUGGACCUGAGGAAUUUAAAUCAACGCCUAAACCCGAAUUGGUGCAAACUCAAAACAUAAUGGCUUCUAAUGAAAUAGAGUCACUUCAUUCUGGAUCCAGAAUCUUUGAUGCUUCAAAAAGUACAGUGACAGACCUUGCUACUCAGAGUCCAGCCUUGAAAUCUGUAUCUCCACCUUCUGCAGAAACCAGAGAGACAGAGAUCGCUUUUGAGGAAACGCAGCCUGUUUCUUCAGGAUCCAAAACAUCUGGUACCACAGAAGUGCAACCAACCAGAUCUGCUUCACAUGUCUUCCUUCAUGUUACUUCUACUCCCCAAACUUUUACAGCUUCAGAAAUACCAGACUCUGAUUUAGGUGAAAGGAAGCCUCUUUCUUCAAGAGUCACAACAUCUGGCAUGCCAGAAAUGCCACCAAUCUUAGUUGCAAGCCAGAGACCGGACCUGGAAUCCACCUCAUCUGCUUCACGGGAAACCACAAGGACCACGAUGGCUACUCGAAGACCAAGGCUGAAGCCCACCACUCCUUCCUCCCUGGCAACCCAGCAAACCGUGAUGGCCUCACAUGACUUUCUUCAUGUUACUUCCACUGCCCAAACAUCUACAUCUGCAAAAAUGUCAGAGCAAGAGACUGUAACCAUUCAAGCACCUUCCAAACCUGUUACAUCUGACAACAGUGAAGUGGAAUUGGCUUCUGAUGAAACACAGCUUAUUUCUUCAAGAUCCACUACGUUUGCUAUUCCAGAAAUGCCAUCAACAAAAUCUGCUACCCAGGGACCAGGCCUGAAAUUCACAGCUCAUCCCUCCAUGGAAACCAGAGGGACCAUUAUGGCUUUUGAUGAAAAGCAGGACAUUUCUUCAGGAACUGAAACAUCUGGCAUCCAAGAAAUGCCAUCAGCGCUACCUGUUACUCAGAGACCAAAGCUGAAAUCUACUUCUCCUUACCUUGCAAGCCGGGGAACAGUGGAGGCAAGCCAGAGACCGGACCUGGAAUCCACCUCAUCUGCUUCACGGGAAACCACAAGGACCACGAUGGCUACUCGAAGACCAAGGCUGAAGCCCACCACUCCUUCCUCCCUGGCAACCCAGCAAACCGUGAUGGCUUUCAGUGGUAUUCAGCCCGUUCUUUCAAGCACUGUGACACCUAGUAAGCCUGAAAUAGCAGAUGCUGGACCAGCAACAAGUGAAUCCGUUCUGGAAUCUUUCACACCUAAAACUUCUCGUCCUUUUCAAUGGCCAAGGGUAACAUUAGCUCCAAAAGAAAUACCACUUAUUCCUUCUAAACUGAAACCAUCUGCUACCCCAGAAGUACAGCACGUGAAACCUGCUCCUAAGGAAGCAGCACUCACACCUUCUGCGCCUAAACCUAGACCAUCUGCCAGACCCAAAAGGCCACGAACUAAACCCGCCCCUAAACCACCACUUUUGGAGCCCAAAACUUCUCAGACUGUUGAACAACCAAAGCCAACACUAGCUCCUAAGGAAGCAGCACUCACACCUUCUGCGCCUAAACCUAGACCAUCUGCCAGACCCAAAAGGCCACGAACUAAACCCGCCCCUAAACCACCACUUUUGGAGCCCAAAACUUCUCAGACUGUUGAACAACCAAAGCCAACACUAGCUCCUAAGGAAGCAGCACUCACACCUUCUGCGCCUAAACCUAGACCAUCUGCCAGACCCAAAAGGCCACGAACUAAACCCGCCCCUAAACCACCACUUUUGGAGCCCAAAACUUCUCAGACUGUUGAACAACCAAAGCCAACACUAGCUCCUAAGGAAGCAGCACUCACACCUUCUGCGCCUAAACCUAGACCAUCUGCCAGACCCAAAAGGCCACGAACUAAACCCGCCCCUAAACCACCACUUUUGGAGCCCAAAACUUCUCAGACUGUUGAACAACCAAAGCCAACACUAGCUCCUAAGGAAGCAGCACUCACACCUUCUGCGCCUAAACCUAGACCAUCUGCCAGACCCAAAAGGCCACGAACUAAACCCGCCCCUAAACCACCACUUUUGGAGCCCAAAACUUCUCAGACUGUUGAACAACCAAAGCCAACACUAGCUCCUAAGGAAGCAGCACUCACACCUUCUGCGCCUAAACCUAGACCAUCUGCCAGACCCAAAAGGCCACGAACUAAACCCGCCCCUAAACCACCACUUUUGGAGCCCAAAACUUCUCAGACUGUUGAACAACCAAAGCCAACACUAGCUCCUAAGGAAGCAGCACUCACACCUUCUGCGCCUAAACCUAGACCAUCUGCCAGACCCAAAAGGCCACGAACUAAACCCGCCCCUAAACCACCACUUUUGGAGCCCAAAACUUCUCAGACUGUUGAACAACCAAAGCCAACACUAGCAGCAACCAUUCCUGUGUCAGUCACUACUAGGAGUCCCUACACAUAUGAACAUCCAAAGACGGCAGAGGUCCUGGAACCCGUUACACAUAGAAUUGAACCACCAAGGUCAACGAUAGCUCCAAAGAAGACUCAACAUAUUCCUUCUAAACCUAAAACUUCACCCAAAGCUCAUAUCCCACAGGCCAAGGAUGUCCUGGAAUCUAUAACACUUAGAACUGAUCAACUAAAACCAACAAUAGUUCCAAAAGAAACACAGCGUGUUCCCUCCAAACCUAGAACACCACCAAGCUCAGAGGUGCCACAAACCAAACCUGUUCUGGAACCAAUUACAUUUAGCACUGAGAAACCAAAGUCAACAGUAGCUCCUAAAGAUACACGUCAUGGGCCUUCCAAACCUAAAACAUCACCCAGUCCACGUGUUCCUCCAACUAGAGCAAGUCCAAAAGAAAGUCGUCGAGUCUCUUCCAAGCCCAGAGUGUCACCAAGUCCAGAUGUACCACACACAAAACCUGUUUUGGCACCUACUACAUUUAGAAUUAAACAACCAAAGACAGCAACAGCUCCUAAAGAACCACAACAUACUCCCUUUAAACCUAAAGCAGUUCCCAUCCCAGAUGCUCCACACAGCAAGCCUGAAAUCAUUCCAACCUUCCAUGAACCAGAUACUACUAUGAUUCCUCAUAUUCCUGAAAGAACAAAGGCUACAUUGGUUCCAACUGAAAAACAGUUCAUUCAUACCAAACCAAAAACAUCUGAAAAAACAAGAGCGCCACACACCAAACCUGCAAUACAUCAGACAACUCCACAACCAAUUAUUACAAAAUCUUCUACUACCACUGAGCAUUCAAGGGCAACAAUGGCUCCAAAAGAAACACUGCUCAUUCCUUACAAACCCAAAACAUCUGUUGAGCCAGAAGUACCACAGACUAAACCUGCUCCAAGGACAACACACCUGGGAUCAAUUAACCUUAUAACAGUUCACGUUGUUGAUGGGUCCAAAAUGACUUUGGUUCCCAAUGAAACAUACCAGAUUUCACCCAAGCCCAAAACUGCUCUAGCAACUGAAAUUCCACAGUUCAGUACAGCACCUCAUAAAACACGUCUCACUUCUGCAAGACCAAAGCCAACUGAUAAAUCACAGACCAGACCUGCUCUUAGUAGGACCACAUUAGGACCAGCUAGAACAAAAGCACCUGGACUGCCAAAGUGGAUUGUGCCAACAACAGAUGAGGUAUAUACACCUGAGGAUAUUUAUAGACAAAUUGGCGUGGAUGUGGAAAAGCCUUUGGAAUAUAGUCACGCUUGGAAAGAGCCAAUUUCUGUAACUACAUCACCUGGCCCUCAGCAUCCUCCUAUACCUCCUGUCAAGCCUACACAAAUGCGAAGACGACCUCUGCCUCCGAACACCGUGACUGGUAAACCAGGAAGUCCAGCUAAACCCGCUGGACCAACAACACCUGUGAGGACAGGAACAUCAUAUAAGACGCCAACAGCUUUUGCAACUCCAGAGUAUUAUGUUGAUGCAACUGUCUUCAGCUCAAGUCCUACAUCAGAAACAGAUUCUUCAGGCAAACCAAGGUACCAAGCCCCCCAUGUCAAGUACAUGAAGAAAGAUGAUGAUGUGCCUUGCUCUAUCACAAGUUCUCUUGAACAUUUUCCUCAAGAAGAAGCUGGCAGCAAGGAAGAACCUACUCACCCUCCACAAAAUCCUCCAACCAACCUCACAGUGGUGACUGUUGAGGGCUGUCCCACGUUUGUCAUAUUGGACUGGGAGAAACCAGACAAUGACACUGUUACUGAGUAUGAGGUUGUAUCAACUGAAAAUGGAGCAAGUGAUGGUGAAAAGGAGAAAUCGAUUAUCACUACAAAUCAAACCCAUUCUACUGUGGAAAACCUAAAACCUGACACAAGUUAUGAAUUCCACGUGAAACCUAGAAACCCUCUUGGUGAAGGUCCAAGUAGCAAUGUUGUGGCAUUCAGUACUGAAUCAGCGGACCCAAGAGUGAGCGAGCCAAUUUCAAUGGGAAAAGAUGCCAUCUGGACUGAAAUCCCAUUCAAUUCAGACAACUAUUCAGAAUGCAAAGGGAAACAAUACGUAAAGAGGACUUGGUAUAAGAAGUUUGUAGGUGUGCAGCUGUGUAAUUCUUUGAGAUACAAGAUAUACCUCAGUGAUUCACUUACAGGAAAAUUUUAUAACAUAGGAGACCAGAGAGGCCAUGGAGAAGAUCACUGCCAAUUUGUAGACUCAUUCUUAGAUGGAAGGACAGGACAGCAGGAAGAUCUGCCAGUCAAAGAUGGAUUUUUCAGGGCAGUUCGUCAGGAACCUGUCAAAUUUGGAAAAAUAGGCGGGGAGACUCACAUUAACUAUGUUCGCUGGUACGAGUGUGGAACAUCGAUACCUGGGAAAUGGUAGAUGCGACAUGAACUUGGUGAAGAGGCCCAGCACUUGCCGCCCCCGUCCUACUGCCCAGCGCAGGCGCAGAGAUGGAAAUGGUUAUGGUACACCUGGCACUUAAGUUCGCUGACGUGCAAGGGUUUAUACAAGUCUAAUGCCAAUACUGCAUUAAUUGUGUAAUAGCGUAGGCUGCUUACUGUAGUUAUCCAGUUUUACAAAUUUGUUUUUAGGUUUACCAAAAAAAAAAAAUAAUUAUCCCAAAGAGGCUAGGGACACGUCGUAGGCUAAUGUGUAGGGAAGCUGGCUCCCUGUUCUUGAGGUAUGGUUUAUAUGGUCUUUUAAAAGAUACAGUGUGUGUAUAUUAUUUAUCACAAUGUUGUAAUAAAUGUUUAAGGCACAGUUAUGGCAGAGUUGGUCAUGAAACGUAAGGCGUGUUAGUUUUUUAAAAAGUCACUGGUCUUCUUGUAAGUUACCAUAAGUUACCAUAAGCUACCUGUCCAGAGAGAGCGAGAUAUUAGGCUCCCCAAUUACAGAAAAGACCCUACACUUUUUAAUAUCCCGCACCCAGCAAACUUGAAGCGCUUUCUCCUUACAGUUUAUACUCCUGCCAAACCGCUGAGGUAGGUUGCUAUACGUGCAGCUUUAGAUGAUCAGGUUAGUGGUGGAUUUUUUUUUUUUUAACCCCUCCAUGUGUUUUCAAAUGCUUCAGCUCCAGCAAAAACAUACAUUCAGCCUAAUGCUACUGAGGUAGGGCCACUGCCCUGCCCGUGGUUGGGGCAGACAGGUAUGUAUGUACGUGGAAUUAAAACAAACAAACAAAAAACCUGGCCUGCAGCACUGCAGCUCUUCACUUCAUGCAAAUGUAGUUUUCAGAGACAUCCUGGUUCAAAAGCCAAAUGUACGUACAGUGCGGGGGGACUUGGAAGGGUAAAUGAAAUGAAAGAGGGGAAAAAAAAUAAGCUACCUGUAACAGCAUAAUCAGGUUUGUUUUAUUUGUAAACGAAAGGAAAAUAUUGGUUUAAAGCAUUGUUGACUGGGGACAAAGGGAAAGAGCCAUAACAGAACUUUGAAACUGCUUUACAGGAAUUUUGACUAAAACCUCUCCCAAAGCUAUUGUUGUACUGCUUGAACAUGUAUGACCUAAAUAAAGAGAUGUAGUUUUUUUUAAAAAAGGUGUUAUUCAUUGCAUUACUAAUGUAUUGAAAAAAUAUGAACAGGAACACCCAGAUAUAUAUAUGGUAGUCGUUUAUAGAAAAUGCCUUAUAAAGUACAUUGCAGGUACACUGUACUGCCAAUAAAAUAUUUUUUAAUCAA